AUGGAAAACGACGACAUUUCCCUGGCGGAGAUGCGACCGAAGAAGAAGCGUGCAGGGCGGAGAAUUUUCAAGGAGACACGUCACCCAAUCUACAGAGGCGUGCGGCGGAGGAACGGCGACAAAUGGGUCUGCGAAGUCAGAGAACCGAUUCACCAGCGUCGAAUCUGGCUCGGCACUUAUCCCACGGCGGAGAUGGCUGCGCGUGCUCACGACGUGGCGGUUCUUGCUCUGCGCGGGAGAACCGCGUGCUUAAAUUUCUCCGACUCCGCUUGGCGGUUACCGGCGCCGGAAUCCAUCGAUCCAGACACAAUCAGGCGCACGGCGGCGGAAGCAGCGGAGAUUUUCAGGCCGCCGGAGUUUGGCGAUGAAAUUACGGUUUUUCCCUCGUCCGGUGGUGGCGAGCUUGCCACGUCGGAGGAAGGAGAGGGUUUCGCCGGAAUGAUGAUGAGGCUCGCGGAGGAGCCGUUGAUGUCGCCGCCGAGAUCGUACAUUGAUAUGAAUACGAGUGUGUACGUGGAAGAAGAAAGGUGUUACGAAGAAUAGUCGCUUUGGAGUUACUAAAAUACGUAUUUAUCGAUACGUAUAUUAAUGUAUGUAUGUAAGUAUGUGGUUUAAGUUAGAUUUUCCCGGGGUUUUUGGUGGG